AUUCAGCUAGCUAUAGAGCACCUCUAUGAGCAAUCUAAACCUAAUAUUACGAAAACUGCGCGAGAAUUCGCGCUACCACGUUUUCUUAAACGGCACCCUAAAUAUAGUAUACGGCGGCGGCGGGCCCUAGACGUCGAACGGGCAAAGGUAUUAGACAAAUCAGUGGUUAAGAGGUAUCUAAAAAAGAAGCUAUUUAAUAGAUCUAUUACUAAUCGUAAAUCUAUUACAGUUUUAGAGGCUAUUUCGGCUGACGGUUUUACCUACCCGCUACUAAUUAUUCUAGACUGCGACAUCGCCCGUCCAUGGGCACUAGAAAGUGUCCACGGCCCGUGGGCCUUUUGA